AGCUGUCUGCGAACACUGAGCUGCCUGGCGCCGUCUUGAUAGUUUCAGAAAGAAUGCAUUCCCUGUAAAAAAAAAAAAAAUACUGAGAGAGGGAGAGGAAAAGAGAGAGCGAGAGCGAGAGAGAGCGAGCGAGAGAGAGACAGAGAACGAGACUUAGAGAGCUACGCAAUCUGACCCGGCUGGUCACACGCCUCCUCCUCCUCCUCCUCUCCGCUCCUUGCUACUCAGGUGAUCGGAGGAGCAACCGUCUCUGAGCGCCAAGGAGCCAGUGUGCAGUGUGGCCACACUUGGAUUCCUUUUUCUCUCUUUGCUUUUUUUUUUUUUUCCUUUAUUCCUCCGUGUCUGCUUUUUUUUUUGGGGGGGGGGGCUCCCUCUUUUAGCAUUCUUUCCCCUUUCUUUCUUUUCUUCCUUUCUUUUGCUAAGCUAUCCCGCAAAGAUUUUUCUUUCCUCCCUCAACCGUCCUUUUUUGCCCACCUUUUCUAUCCACUUCACUUCAAACAAACCAUUAAACGACCCCUCUCCUGGGCCUCCGACGGCAGGAGUCCGCGGACCUCCCAGGCCGACAGCCCUCCCUCUACCCGCGAGGGUUCUGGGCCCGGCGUAGAGGGCGCGAGCACAGCCGAGGACAUGGAGGUGACUGCGGACCAGCCGCGCUGGGUGAGCCACCAUCACCCCGCGGUCCUCAACGGACAGCACCCAGACACGCACCACCCGGGCCUCGGCCAUUCGUACAUGGACCCGGCUCAGUACCCGCUGACGGAAGAGGUGGACGUACUUUUUAACAUCGAUGGUCAAGGCAACCACGUCCCGUCCUACUACGGAAACUCGGUCAGGGCUACGGUGCAGAGGUAUCCUCCGACCCACCACGGGAGCCAGGUAUGCCGCCCGCCUCUGCUGCACGGAUCUCUGCCCUGGCUGGAUGGCGGCAAAGCCCUGAGCAGCCACCACACAGCCUCGCCCUGGAACCUCAGCCCCUUCUCCAAGACGUCCAUCCACCACGGCUCUCCGGGGCCUCUGUCCGUCUACCCUCCGGCUUCAUCCUCUUCUCUGGCCGCGGGCCACUCCAGUCCGCAUCUCUUCACCUUCCCGCCCACCCCUCCGAAGGACGUGUCCCCAGACCCGUCGCUGUCCACCCCGGGAUCCGCCGGGUCGGCCAGGCAAGAUGAGAAAGAGUGCCUCAAGUAUCAGGUGCAGCUGUCGGAUAGCAUGAAGCUGGAGACGUCUCACUCCCGAGGCAGCAUGACCACCCUGGGAGGGGCCUCCUCCUCAGCCCACCACCCCAUUACCACCUAUCCGCCCUAUGUGCCCGAGUACAGCUCCGGACUCUUCCCACCCAGCAGCCUGCUGGGAGGAUCCCCUACCGGGUUCGGAUGUAAGUCGAGGCCCAAGGCGCGAUCCAGCACAGAAGGCAGGGAGUGUGUGAACUGCGGGGCAACCUCUACCCCACUGUGGCGGCGAGAUGGUACCGGGCACUACCUUUGCAAUGCCUGCGGACUCUACCAUAAAAUGAAUGGGCAGAACCGGCCCCUUAUCAAGCCCAAGCGAAGGCUGUCUGCAGCAAGGAGAGCAGGGACAUCCUGCGCAAACUGUCAAACCACCACCACCACCCUUUGGAGGAGGAACGCUAAUGGGGACCCCGUUUGCAAUGCCUGUGGGCUGUACUACAAGCUCCACAAUAUUAACAGACCCCUGACUAUGAAGAAGGAAGGCAUCCAGACCCGAAACCGGAAGAUGUCUAGCAAAUCAAAAAAGUGCAAGAAGGUGCAUGAUGCGCUGGAGGACUUCCCCAAGAGCAGCUCCUUCAACCCGGCCGCUCUCUCCAGACACAUGUCGUCCCUGAGCCACAUCUCCCCCUUCAGCCACUCCAGCCACAUGCUGACCACACCGACGCCCAUGCACCCACCCUCCGGCCUCUCCUUCGGACCUCACCAUCCAUCCAGCAUGGUCACCGCCAUGGGUUAAGAUAGGCAGAGCCCUGCUCCACACGCACGAGGAGUCUUGAGUCUGCGAAAGAGUUCCUCCAACCCCUUCUACUUGCGGUUUUUCGCAGGAGCAGUAUCAUGAAGCCCGAAAGCGACAGAUCUGUGUUUUUGAAGACAGAAAGCAAAAUGUUAGCUUCUUUUUUCAAAGGAGCUCCCUGGUGGUGUCUGCGUUCCAACCACUGAAUCCGGAUCCCAUUUGUGAAUAAGCCAUUCAGACUCAUAUUCCCUAUUUAACAGGGUCUCUAGUGCUGUGAAAAAAAAUAUUGCUGAACAUUGCAUAUAACUUAUAUUGUAAGAAAUACUGUACAUUUGAGGAAGACUUUAUUGUACCUGGAUAGCUGUAAGAAAGGCAUGAAGGACGCCAAGAAUUUUAAGGAAUAUAGGGAGAAUAAGGUAUGGAGAUACAGAAGAAACUAAGUCUGAUGUCCAAAUGGGCACGCUGUCAGUUUUGUUUCCCUUUAGUUGUUUGAUGCAUUAAAAAAAAAAAAAAAAGAAAAAAGAAAAAAAAAAAAAGAAAAAAAUGAGGGGAGGGGGAAGAAAAAAAAGAAAUUAAAAAAAAAAAAAAAUAAAUAAAAAACAAAAAAAAAAAAAAAAAAAAAAAAAAAAGGUUGUAGGCAAAUCAUUUGUUUCAGGCUGUGAGCCUCUCCAAAAAAAAAAAAAAAAAUUCAGAUCUGGGCAAUCGGUGUAUAAUCUCACCAAUUGAGGAUUUGAGAAUGUCAUGCCUAGGCCUACAUGCUCUGUGAAUCAGUCCCUGUAAUUGUUGUUUGUAUGUAUAAUUCAGAAGCACCAAAAUAAGAAAAGAUGUAGAUUUAUUUCAUCAUAUUAUACAGACUGAAUUGUUGUAUAAAUUUAUUUACUGCUAGUGUUAGGAACUGCUUUUUUUGUUUUUGUUUUAAUUUUUUUUUUUUUCUUCUCUCUGGAUUUUUGGUUGAGCAAACUAGCUUGCUUUCAGUUGACCUAAGGUGGAUGUACUCUGGAGGGUUUAUUUUUCCUUUUAUUAUUAUUUUUUGAUGGUAUUUAUUAAAUAGCUUCUAUGGGCCCGGCGGUACCUGUCUUUUUGUCACUUCUCUUGCAGCCUAAGCUAUGAAGGUAGCAACGUACCAGCUACCAAUGUGCAUGUCAGCGACCUGGCCACUGACAGGCCUGGUCCUGAGGGCCACUUGGCUGACUGUUAGCCCCUGUGUGUUCUGUAUUAGUGAUCACUGCCUUUAAACAGUCUGUUGGAAUAAUACUAUAAAAAUAAUAAUAAAGUUAAAAUAUUUUAAAACAA